GGCGGACUCGGCAACAUCAUUUCAUCUGCCGGUGCCGGCGGACCGGGUAGUAUCAUUCCAUCCGGCAGCGGUUCGGACAGCAUUAUCGGAUCUGGUAGCGCUCAGGGCUCGAUCGCCGGGUCCGGCAAUGCUCAAGGUUCCACCUCGGGCUCUAUUCAAGGUCAAGGCUCGAUUCAAGGAUCCGGAAACGUUCAAGGCUCAAUUGGAGGAUCCGGAAAUGUAGAGGGCUCGACAAAUGCCUCCGGAGAUGCUCAAGGCUCGACUCAAGGUUCUGGCAAUGCUGCAGGUUCGAUUCAGGGAUCUGGCAAUCUAGAAGGUUCCGGAGAUGCUCAGGGCUCGAUUCAAGGGUCCGGAAAUAUUCAAGGCUCGACAAAUGCCUCCGGAGAUGCUCAAGGCUCGACUCAAGGUUCUGGCAAUGCUGCAGGUUCGAUUCAGGGGUCUGACAAUCUAGAAGGCUCGAUCCGUGGCUCCGGAAAUGUUCAAGGUUCCGGAGAUGCUCAGGGCACUGCCGAAGGCCAAGGAGCCGCCACCAGUCAAGGCCAACUUCAAGGCGAUGCUCAAGGUUCCGUAGCUGCUGAGGGCUCGAUUGGAGGAUCCGGCGAUUCUGCCACUCCAGGUCAAGGCGUGGCCAGUGGUCAAACUAGCGGUCAAACCUCGACUGGUGCUGACGCCUCUGGAAACGCUCAGGGCCAAGCUCAGGGAGCUGUUCAAGACCAGGGCUCUUUCGAUGCCAAUGGCCAACUUUCUGGAAGCGCGGAAGCACAGGCGAAAGCCGCCGCAGAAGCACAAGCCGACGCAAAAGCUCAAGCCGAUGCAAAAGCUCAAGGCCAAGCUCAGGGAGCAGUUCAAGACCAAGGCUCUUUCGAUGCUAAUGGCCAACUUUCUGGAAGCGUGGAAGCAGCCGCAGAAGCAGACGCAAAAGCUCAAGCCUCAGCCCAAGGUCAAGGCUCAACUGAAGGUUCUGGCAAUGCUGCGGGUUCGAUU